AUGUUUUCUUACACUCCCUACCCAAAUGAUGCACAGCGGUGUGAAGUAGUAGAGGCUCUCAUAAAACGGCAUCCAUGUUUGAAGGAGCCAGGCUCUUUCAAUGGUCUGUAUGGAUGGCAACAGAGCCUGAAGUACAAAAUAGGAAAUUACCGAAGCAAACUUCGAACGCAUGGGAUUCCAGAACUAUUGGUUAACUCUCUACAGCACAAAUCUCCUGGAGACAAGAAACCAGCCAAGAACGUAAAAAAACCAAGAAAAUCCGAGGUGAACUACCUUCCCCCUCUUCCUGCAGGGGAAACAGAAGAUUCCCUUGAGAGUGUCAGGCAGGAACUGAUAUCUGAGGCUAAGAAAAAGAAUAAUGGCAGAGUUAUAAAUGAGAUGAUGUCCAGAACCUUUAGUUUCCGAAGACAGGAGAUUGUAGGCAAAGCCCCGGGUGUUGCAGAUCUGCUAGAGAGAUGGCCUGCCCUCUUUGAACCAUCCCAGAUCAAUGAAGAGUUUCGGAGAAUCAAUGGCAUAUCACUUGAGCCGACAUUCAUGUCACAGUUGGACAAACGCACUCCAAAGAUGUUGUCACUUUUCAAUUCAAAGGGCGGAGCUGUCGGUCAAAGAAUCAAGUCCCAGAUGUUGGAACUCAUCCAGGAUCCAUCUGCCUCUGAGGAGAAAAGACGAGAGGUGAUUCUGAGAUGUCUGACUGAGUACAUGGGGGAGAGCCAAGAACAACUGAUCAGUGAACACCACAGUUGUGAUGAAACCGAGGUGUCCGCUGAACUCAGCGAUUGCAUAAUGAAAGUUUACAUGUGCCAUCAGCCCAAUGCCAUUGGCAUUGUCAUCGAAGGACAUCCAGUGGUCAGAGGUCUUAACAACUUGUCACAAGCAUGCUGCCUACUGCUUGGACUUACUUAUUGCCUGGAUAUGAAAUAUCCACCAAAACUGCAGCACACAUUUGAGACGUACCAAAGGCUCUUUGUUGGAAUAGACCCCAUGCGCCCUAAACCAUCAUCUAAAUACACAAGUCUCCUCAACAAGUUGUCUUAGAUGACUUCUUGUCACUUAUCUCACCUUGGUAGGUGAGACUACACAUACUUCAGCAUAAUAGCAUAAUGUGAAAUGUUCAGGGUGGUAUAUUUUCUGAAGUUAAUAUAAUCAUGCUUAGUUCAACUUGUUCUGUUUCAUACUAUUUAGUUGAUACUAUUGACAUUUAAAAAGAAUUCUCUUCACCAAAACUCAAUGGCCUUUUCAGUCAUAUCAUUGUUGUGCCUUGAAACUAAAUUGACAGGUAACUGUUCAGUUUGUCAUGCUACGUGAUGAAGUCUUUUGGCAAGUUUUUCAGGUAAUAGAAUUUCAUUGCAUUUGUGUUCAUUCUAAUGUGCCUUAAAUGAAAACUGACUUAACUGUUUACUAGUCAAUCCCUCAUGAGGUAGAUACACCUACUGUGUAAUUCAGCAGUUCUUUAAACAAUUUUAAAUAUUGUUAUUGCAAUUUUA